AUGCCCCUAUCCCGUAGAAGUCGGAAACGUUCCAGUCAGGCUCCGAACAACACGGUCGGCUACGUGGACCUCUGCCAGGAUGAGCUUGCAGGCGCCAGUUCGUCCAAGAGACCAUCUAAUCGUCAGCGGCGGAGCGGACGGGCGGAGAUGACCAAGCAUCCGGAAGAAAGGACUAAUACCUUAGCUAUCAAUGACAUCAAUAUUGGACAGGCGAGUUCGUCCAAGAGACCCACUAAUCGUCAGCGGAGGAGCGGGUGGGCGGAGAUGACCGAGCAUCCGGAAGAAAGGACUAAUACCUUAGAUAUCAAUGACAUCAAUAUUGGACAGGGUGAGGCGGUCCUUAAUCCUUUUGCGUUCAAUAGUAUAAACCAGACUGAAAUGCAAGAAUUCAAAUCUACGUCCAUACCCUUAGGCUUUGGUGUAGGAGACAAACUUAAAUUUGGCAAAACGAAUUCGUUGAAAUAUCCUCACUUUUAUCAGAAAAGGUUUUUGUCUAUUGACAAAUGGGUUUCUGCAUUCCACAUUUUAAUGUCGGUUCACAUUCAGAAAUAUCCUGAGGAUGUUCAGGCUAUGUUAAAGUAUGUUAGUACAAUCAGAGAGCUAUCCCAGAAAGGGGGUAACUGGUAUGCCUAUGAUACUAAAUUUCGGAAGUUGAGGUCAGAAAACAAUUUGGAUUGGGGAACAGUACACUGGGAAUUAUGGUUUGGUGCAAUUACUUCAAAUUUGCAGAAUUUUCGUCCCUCAAACCAAAAGCCAUUUAAGGCAAAGACAUCAGGGUCUGCCAAAUCUGCCAUCCCAAACGGUUUCUGCUUCAGCUUUCAUCUCGGACGGGAAUGCAAUGCCAAACCUUGUAGAUACAGUCACUAUUGUCCCCAAUGCGGAGGUGACCAUGGCUACAGUAAAUGUGGGCAGAGGAAAGAAUUUGGUAGACCAAACCGAGCAAACCAACCUCCCAACCCCUAUAAACGUGCAUAAGCUAGAACAUUGGCUUGAAGGUUAUGAUAAAGAAAUCACUGAUUAUCUAUUAGAGGGUUUCAAGUUUGGGUUUCGCAUUGGAUACGAGGGUAAUUUAAAAUCAGGAGAUUGUCACAACUUAAAAAGUGCUUCAGAUAACAUAGACGUGGUCCAAAACAAAAUAAGCAAAGAAUUAAGACUAGGUAGGAUAUCAGGCCCCUAUAAACAGUUUCCACUAAAGGAUUUUCAUAUAUCUCCCCUAGGGGUAUGCCCCAAAAAAGUCCCAGGUCAAUUUAGAAUGAUCCAUCACCUUUCUUAUCAUUACGGUAACUCUGUCAACGAUGGUAUACCUGAAAAGGCAAGCAAUGUACAUUAUGCUUCCUUAGAUGAAGCAAUUGACAUUAUUGUUAGGAUGAGCUUAGGGUCUUAUAUGGCGAAGUGCGACAUUGAAUCAGCUUUCAGAAUUGUACCUAUUCACCCUCACGAUUAUCACCUACUUGGUUUCACCUGGAAAGGAGAAUAUUAUUUCGAUAAGUGCUUGCCAAUGGGUUGUUCGUCAGCAUGCAAAAUUUUCGAGACGUUUAGCACUGCGUUGAACUGGAUUGCAAUUAACAAACUCGGGAUAGGACACAUGCUGCAUAUUUUAGACGACUUCCUCAUUAUUUCUCAGGGCAGGGGCAAGUGUCGGGGAGAACUUGAAGCAUUUUUAAACAUAUGCGGAGAUAUUGGGAUUCCUUUUGCGCCUGAAAAAACAGUAGGGCCUGCCAACUGUCUCCAGUUUCUAGGAAUCGAAAUAGAUACUAUUGCCAUGGAAGCCAGGUUACCUUCAGACAAAUUAGUUAAGGCUAGAAGCUUGACCGCUGAUAUGUGCAAGAAGAAGAAAGUUAGACUUAGUGAGCUGCAAUCCUUAUUAGGCUACCUUAAUUUCACUUGUAAAGUUGUGGUACCAGGUAGGGCUUUUCUUAGGAGAUUGUAUGAUUUAACUGUCGGGACCCAGAGACCCCAUCAUCGGAUACGGUUAAAUAAGCAAGCUCGGGAGGAUCUUAAAUUGUGGCUGCAAUUUCUGGGUCAGUAUAACGGGAUAUCCGUAUUGCGGAAACAGGCGUGGUUGUCGAAUAGUGCGCUUCAUCUCUUUACCGACGCUGCAGCGUCGUUAGGGUAUGGAAUUGUUUUUAGAAGCAAACGGGCAUAUGGAGUUUGGCCAGGCUGUUGGAAGUUGUUUAACAUAGCUGUCUUAGAGUUUUUUCCCAUUGUGUUGGCAGUUAGAUUAUGGGCUGAAGAGCUAAGAGGAAAAUGUAUUCUGUUUCAUACAGACAACAUAGCUUUAGUGUCCGUUAUCAACAAGCAAACGUCUAAAGAAGUCAAGUUGAUGUCCUUGGUGAGGGACCUUGUUCUUUCGUGUUUGAAACGGGAUAUAAUUUUCAGAGCGGAACACAUACCGGGAAGACAUAAUAAGUCGGCAGACCUACUUUCUCGUUUACAGAUAUCAAAAUUUGUCAGUCAGGCACCAUGGGCAGACAAGCAGGAAACGCGGAUUCCUCCGCCCCUACAACCCGAGAAUUAUUUAUUCACUUAGAUACUUUAUUAGGGGCAGCUCUAUGUAAGAAUAGUCAGGCUACUUAUACCAGAGCGUGGGAAUUGUACAAUGAAUUCUCCCGGGAUUGUCUAGUUAUUUCGCCGGCGCUACCGAUAGCAACACCUAGCUGGGCACUAUUUUUGGCGUAUAUGUUCCAUUUAAAGUUAGCACCUUCAACAAUGAGGACCUACAUUUCAGCGUUAGGUUACAUUCAUAAAAUUCGCGGUUUAGAGGACAAAUCAAAUUCUUUUCAAGUUCAGAAGUUGUUACAUGGGGCUAAGUGUCUAAACUCUUCAGUAGACCAGCGUCUACCAAUCACAGAGGACAUACUGGGCAAGAUGAUUGACUCAUUACCUGUGGUGUUUUCCAACCCUUCAAUCAGACUACUUUAUGAGACAAUGUUUUUAGUUGCCUUUCACGGAUUUUUUCGGAUUGGUGAACUGACGGUGCGUAGUUCGGAUGAGGAAGCGGCCUUGCAGGUGCAGGACGUUUCACUUUCCAGCUCCGCAGCCUAUCUUAAUAUUUCGAUGUAUAAACACAACAGCGGUAAAGCUAGCAAGAUCGUCACACUAGACAAGUUAGACAGUACCCUAUGUCCAGUUGCUGCGCUCAAACGUUACCUACGACAAAGGUCUCUCUUCCAAGGCCCUCUGUUUUGUGACAGAUGCUUUAAACCGGUAGCAAGAUCCUCCUUUAACGAGGCACUCAGAGUUGUAUUUAACUUCUUAAGGUUAGAUUCUACUAGAUACAAAGGACACAGUUUCCGUAUAGGUGCAGAAUGCUCGGCAGCAAAGAAAGGCUGGUCGGACGCAAAAAUUCGGCAAAGGGGCCGGUGGAAUUCAGAUGCAUUUAAAGCAUACAUUCGUGUUCAGCUGUAGAGAAUAAGGGUUGUUGUCGGUAGCGUAGCUCAGCGGAAAAAGAGCCUAUUUCCCUAAUAGGACCAAUUAGAAGUUUGGCAAUCUAGAGUUUUAUUUAUCACUUAAAUGUAGGGAAAAUGCGAUCGCUAUUGAUCUACUCAUACAGAGUAGAGUCUUUCUGUUCAAUGUAUCACUUACUAUAUUAUAAUGUGUGUUAACUUGUUAUGGUUCAUUAUGCCAAGACAGGGAGUGUGGUGUUUCGCAUGGGCAGACACCAUGCUUCAUGGUCAGGCGAGUUUGUUCAAUUAGUAGCUACAUGUAAAUAUUUACACGUCCCAACUAGGGGCCUUUAUGAAUUACAUAGUAGAGUUGAGUGUUGUAGGGUUGCAUUUUAUACCUUACCCUUAUAAUAAUGAGCAUGAGCAGGCACUAUGCCUCAGGGUCAGGCAAUUUGCUCAAUGAGUUUCAUUAUUUAAUUCUAAUAAUGAUUAAUGUUAAUAAGUUCAUGUUCCAUCAAGGAAUCUUUUACGAUUUCCAUUCCGUGCGGUCUAUCUCAAGUAUUGGUCCGCACCAAUAAUUAACUACAACUGUUUUAGAUUACAUUGUUUACGAAAUGUAGGCCUAUAUAGACUAUUAGUACGUCAUGAAACAAAAUAUUUUAUGAUAAGCUAGAUAAGAGAUACUGCCACCAGGAUUUACUUUUGCAGGCAACAGACGUUACCGAAGACGAAUCCCCAGGUGGAAGUAAAGAAAGAGACUCGGGCCAACCGAUCAAUACAUAACACUUCCUAUGGACCUGGAACUCUGUGCUAUGUUUGUGUGUUUGUAUCAAAGAUACUCAAUCAAUGCAGAUUGCAUAUAUCAUAUUUCGUGCAUAGAAUUAGGGAGGAGGAAGCUGCUUUAAUUUUAUUGAUACGUUUCUAAAACUCGUCCCGAGUCCGUCGUCGGGUGGGGGCAUAGUGUUCCACUAUUGUGGCGUUGUUUCCCCCACCUUUGUGGCUUAUUUCAUACAAUUUCGGAUUGAUGAAUUGUAUGCUUAGGCGUAUAUACCUUGUAAUAAAUUUGUCCGCCAUUUGUGCGGGCCUAAACAACAAUUUUCAGUGUCUGUAAUUUUUGCCACAAAUGAACUGGACGUUCUCGGGUCAAAGGGUUUUUGAGUAUAAAUGCAAAAUUUUUCAAAAAAUUGUUUUUUGGGAAAAAACCCAGUUGCGCUUCAUGCGCGCUGCCCGGUUACACCUCAUGGCGGGAAUCAAUACGUCACUUAAGAGAUAUGACGUAACGGUGACGUCAUCCACGUUAGCGUCAUCCACGUCAGCUUUCUGAUUAACGCGCAUCUCCGCCUGGAUAGCCGCCCGCUCCGGACGUGUUUUGCCCUGUCUCAUUUUAGCAACUUAAAACCACCUCCUCCCAAGCCUCCUCCUCUCUAUCUCGCUAUUUAGGUUCCUUUUUCUUAGUCAUGUGCGUGUAUGCGUUGUUUCCCCCACCUUUGUGGCUUAUUUCAUACAAUUUCGGAUUGAUGAAUUGUAUGCUUAGGCGUAUAUACCUUGUAAUAAAUUUGUCCGCCUUUUGUGCGGGCCUAAACAACAA